CUCGGAGGGUCGCCGGUGACUUUCUGAGCGCCGUCAGCUUCCCGUUAGCCCGAGAUACGAAAAGUCCAGCUUCUCUCGUUCCUCUUGUCGUGUUUUCCUGCGAAAAUCGUCGAUUUUUCAUGGAGUAAUCACGUGUAUAAUCAGACGCGAUCGUACAUCUGGAUUGAUUCCGCAUGAUCCUGUUGGCCAAUUACAAGAUCGAGUGGAAUCAUGAAAAUUUAUUGUGCCUGGAGUUAUGCCGUACUUUGGAUUCUAUUGCUUUCCCGGGCCGGAAACGUCGACGGGAUUCGACCAGGGAACUUGAAGUUUGGACGCGCUCCGCUCUUGGAGAGAUUCGCCUGGAAAGAGCUGGAUUUCGCUUAUCCGAAUGAACGUAGCAGGCAAUUGGCGAUCGCGAAUGGCGAAUAUGUGCCGGAAAAUUCUCUGCCUGUCGGCAUCGAGAUCUGGAAGAACAAGCUCUUCGUCACAGUACCGAGAUGGCGAGAUGGAAUACCGGCCACGUUGAACUACAUAUCAUUGGACACUAAUCAAACCGGGUCGCCCAAACUUACGCCUUACCCGAACUGGAGGCAGAACAGGGCCGGUGUUUGCGGCAGCGGAUUAACCACCGUUUACAGGAUUCACGCGGACGCGUGCGACAGAUUAUGGGUGUUGGACACGGGCACGAUAGGAAUCGGCGAAACGACCGUACAAGCCUGUCCCUACACCUUGAACGUAUUCGACUUGACCACGGAUAAGAUCCUGAGGCAAUACCGACUCAGACCGCAGGAUAUCAAUCAGAACACCUUUAUCGCCAACAUCGCGGUCGAUCUGGGCAAAGGCGGUUGCGACGACGCGUUCGCUUACGUGUCCGACGAGCUCGGCUACGGUCUGGUCGUGUAUUCGUGGCAGCGGAACACAUCCUGGCGUGUUACUCACAGUUACUUCAUGCCGGACCCCUUGGCUGGCGACUAUAACAUCGGAGGGUUGAACUUCCAAUGGGGCGAAGAGGGCAUUUUCGGCAUGAGUCUGUCGCCGAUAUCAGAAAACGGUUAUAGAACUCUUUUCUUUCAUCCUCUCAGCAGCUAUCGCGAGUUCGCAGUUUCUACGAGGAUCCUGAGGGACGAACAAUUGUCGCGAAACAGUUACCACGAAUUUCAGGUACUGGCGUCGAGAGGACCACUCUCUCAUUGCACGGCGUCUGUGAUGGACGCGAGCGGACUCCAGUUCUUCAACUUGAUCGAUCAGAAUGCAGUCGGCUGUUGGAACUCUGCCCUGCCUUACUCGCCGGCCAAUCAUGCGAUUGUCGCACGACACGACCGAGCCAUGAUAUUUCCAGCCGACAUCAAAGUGAACCGCGGCUUACUCUGGAUCAUGACAGAUCGGAUGCCGAUAUUUCUCCUGUCGACUCUCAAUUACACGGAUGUGAACUUCAGGAUACUGACCACGUCGGUCCAGGAGGCGAUCGCCGGGACGAUAUGCGAUAAUAUGCCGUGGGGUUUCGGCGGCAAUCAAAUCUGGUAGGACCGACGCGUCCGGAUGGCGCGUCGAUCUCCGUGAUUCAGGAUGUAAUUAUCAGCGAACCGAAUAAAGGCGAUAA